GUUAAACAGGUAAACGACAGUCAUAUGUUUGUUGAGGCAACGAGAUGUCGCGCUGUUAAAGGUAGUGUAACAAAUGUAGGCGAUUGUUUCAUCCCUACGGCUGACAGACGGCAGGCUGCGAGGCAAGGGCCUCUCUUGGUGGGCACGCCCGAGACCAGCAGCAUGCCAACGCUAUCCCGAGCGCCGUCGUCUCCGUCGCCGGCGUCGGCCGUCCGGCGCAGAGACGUCACUGUUCACCGCCGGCCUUUCGGUCCGUCCCCCAGAUGGGUUCUCAAGGCGCGGCGUCUCUCCCUUGUGGCCUCGGCUUCCUCCUCUGACCGCCAUGUCGAACCCCCUAAGAAGCCACAUCGCUAUCGUUCUAAGAAAUCGAUUCUUUCGAAUCUCAUACAGGAGAUAGAGCCUUUGGACGUAAGCCUGAUACAGAAAGAUGUAUCAGCAGACACAAUUGAUGCAAUGAAGAGGACCAUCUCUGGCAUGCUAGGUCUGCUGCCUUCAGACCAAUUCCAUGUCCUUAUUGAGGCUUUCUGGGAGCCUCUUUCCCGGCUUCUUGUGUCAUCCAUGAUGACUGGGUAUACAUUGCGGAAUGCUGAGUACAGUCUCUGCCUUCAAAGAAAUAUAGAUGUAUUUGAAGAUCCCACCUCUGAAGAGAAACAGGAGGAACUCAUAAAUGAUAAUCACAAGACAUUACCCGAUGGAAACACUAAGGUGUUUGGGUUUCUUGGAGAAAAUAAACUCUCAACUGUCUCUGAUACAUCUGAAAAAGACCCUCCCAGUGAGAAGCUAAAUGAUUUGGGACUGGGGGAAAUGGCCCCUGAAGCUCAGCAAUACAUUCUUCACUUGCAAUCUCGUUUGUCUUCAGCAAAACAUGAACUUCAUGAUGUCAGGAGGAAGAAUAAUGCUCUUCAGAUGCAGCAUUUUGCUGGGGAGGAAAAAAACACACUCUUGGACUACUUGAGGUCGUUGGAUCCAGAAAAGGUUGCUGAAUUAUCAGAACCAACUUCCUUGGAGUUGCAAGAAACCAUUCACAGUGUCAUCCAUGGUCUUCUCGCAACCCUUUCCCCUAAAAUGCAAACGAAGCCCCCUAAACAGUCUGGGAAUGUACCUGGAAUACAGAGGUUAAAGAAUGAGGAUAGUGCAGAAACUAUUGAGAAUACCCCCUUACAAUUUCAGCCCCUCAUUUCAGUCACUCGUGAUUAUCUCGCGCGGCUGCUAUUUUGGUGCAUGUUGUUGGGCCAUUACCUUAGAGGCCUGGAGUAUAGACUGGAGCUAAUGGAGCUACUAUCCUUGUCUAAAGGACCAAAUUCCAAUGCUUCCAGUGCUCACGAUGCAUGAGUUCACCUCUGUAGGUGCAUCACGUAUAUUGUAAGUCUAUGCAGAUAUACAUGUGUAUGUGGUUGUGUUCUUCAUUGCUAACGUGCCUUCUCCGAGGCCCUGGCUUUUAUGUAUCCUGGCGUUCUAUGGCAUGACACUGCCUGUGUAUCUGAUUAUCUUUACCAACUGGUGAUGAAUGAAUUGAAUCUGUAUAUAAAGCGAAAGUUUGUUAAUUUUGUGAAAUAAAUUAUUAGUUUUC